ACAACCAAACCCAGGUUGAGUCCACCUUCUGCUGAACGUGUUUGUCUAUAACUGACGACGCCGUUUCUCUUUCUGUUUCAGUUCGAUCCAUCUUCUUCAUUCUCUUUCCAACUCUAUAUUCUCUCUCUCUCUCUCUCUCUUUUCGAUUCCAUGCCUUUUUCUUUUUCGUUUUCUUUUUCCUCGCUUUGGCUUUCUUCCCUAAUCUAAUUCUCAAGAACCCUUGUUUCUAUUUCAGUCAUAGGUUCUGCAAUUAGUCACGGGUGUUUGUUCUUUUCAAUUGCUUUUCAGAGCUGUUAUAGUUAGUUCCCUACAUUCCCCCCUUUUUUGUUUUUAACUACAAUAUAGGGUUUAACUCCUGAGAAUCUUUUUAGAUUCCCUGAAUCUUGAUUCCAGAAUUUCCGAAUUUUGGAAUUUGGAUUCCCUUGAUUACGUGCUGUCUCUUUUGGGACUUUGGGGUUGUCCGUAGCUUAAGGUUUCGGAAAGUGGUGUUCUUUUUUUCUGGGCGGGAAACUGUGUCUUUGAGUCAGAACUAUGAUGGAGAAUCCUUAUGAGGUGCUUGGCUCAAAAGGGUUAAUUAAAAAACACGAAUUUGUGAGGGUUAUAGUUCAGUGUUUAUAUUCAUUAGGGUAUAGUAAGUCUGCAUCUUGUUUGGAACUGGAAUCUGGUGUUUCGUACAAGUCCACUGAGUUUCAGUUGCUUGAAUCACAUGUAUUGGAUGGGAAUUGGGAUGGUUGCCUUAGUUUUCUCAAUUCUUUGAGGGAUGUAUUGGGCGAAGGUAGAGAAUCUGCUUUGUUUCUUGUCUUGAGACACUGUCUUCUUGAGUAUCUGAAGCAUGGUGAGGAUGCUUUGGCUUUGGAUUUGCUUAGGAAACAGGUUUCUGCAUUGCAUCUUGAUCGUUACAAGGUUCGCAGCCUGGCUAAUAGUAUGCUUUCCUUGAAGGAUGUGGGCUUUGGUGUGAUAGAUGGUGAUGUUGUUCAUGAUUGGCGGAGGAAGUUAUUAACAGAUUUGGAAAAAUUGCUUCCUCCACCAAUUUCAGUACCUGAUAGAAGGUUGGAGCAUUUAGUUGAAACUACCGUUACAGCUUGGAUUGAUUCAUGCUUGUAUCACAAUUCAUCAAAUCCAAUUUCACUUUAUGACGAUCAUUAUUGUGGUAGGGAUCAAAUUCCUACUGUAACCACUCAGAUAUUGACUGGACAUAGAAAUGAAGUUUGGUUUGUACAAUUUUCUAACAACGGAGAGCAUCUAGCAUCUUCAUCCAAUGAUUGUACUGCCAUCAUUUGGAAGGUGUUAGAAGAUGGGAAAUUGACAUUGAAACACACACUUUGCGGUCAUCAACAGGCUGUAUCUUUAGUUGCAUGGAGUCCUGAUGACACCAAGUUGCUCACAUGUGGGAACAAAGAAGUUUUGAAGCUGUGGGAUGUUGAAACAGGUACAUGCAAGCAUACAUUUGGGAAUCAAGGCUUUAUUGUCAGCUCUUGUGCCUGGUUUCCCAACUCAAAGCAGUUUGUGUGUGGCAGUUUCGAGGCUGAAAAAGGCAUCUCCAUGUGGGAUUGUGAUGGAAACGAGUUAAAAGCAUGGAGAGGAGUGAGGAUGCCCAAAGUUGUCGAUAUUGCUGUUACUCCAGACGGUGAGUAUCUUAUCAGCAUAUUCGAGGAUAAGGAAAUUCGGGUUUUGCAUUUGGGAACCAAUGCCGAACGAGUCAUUGCAGAGGAGCAUCCAAUCACCUCCAUUUCAGUUUCUGGAGAUAGCCAGCUCUUCAUUGUCAAUCUUAACAGCCAGGAGAUUCAUAUGUGGGAUGUGGCCGGGAAAUGGGAUAAGCCAGUGAAAUAUAUGGGUCACAAGCAAUGCAGAUAUGUCAUCAGGUCAUGUUUUGGUGGAUUGGAUGGCACAUUUAUUGCCAGCGGUAGUGAGAAUUCACAGGUAUACAUUUGGAAUCCUCGGAACUGCAGGCCAAUAGAGAUUUUAUCUGGGCACUCUCUGACUGUGAAUUGUGUGAGCUGGAAUCCUAAAAGACCACAUAUGUUAGCAUCUGCAAGUGAUGAUUAUACAAUUCGUAUAUGGGGACCCAGCUAGAAAAGAACGUAACUAGAAUAGAUCAGUUGAACACAUGUGGCAUAUUAAGCUUUCAAGCCUAGUUUAGUGUAUAUAAUCUUUCCACUAUUCUUCCCCCCACCUUAAGUUUGUUCUGCAUGAGUUUGUAAAGUCCUGGUUCAUCCAUGCAGAAAUUUUGGCGUACAUUUCCGUCUAUAAAUCUUCUUUCCUUCUUUUGUUUCUAUACCCUUCGUUAGUUGUUUCCCUUUUGAUUGGUGUAAAAACUAGAAACUGAUGGGUCAGAGUUAGGGUAUAUUCUC